GUUUAAAAACGGCAAAAAAGGCUCGAAAAUGGAUGGUUCCCGAAACUCUUCUGCAAAUAACUGGGGCGACGAUGAAUAUGGCCAACUCAUUGAGGGUGUCAAGAAAAUUUAUAGAACAAAAAUUAGGCCUUUGGAAGUCACUUAUAAUUUUGAAGGGUUUCACUCGGCCCCAUUAAAUGAUUCUGAUAUUGAGGCUAAACCUAUGGUGUUGUUGCUAGGCCAAUAUUCAACUGGUAAAACAACAUUUAUCCGUUACUUGCUCGACAAGAAAUAUCCUGGUGAACAUAUCGGUGUUGAACCUACCACUGAUCGUUUUGCCGCUAUUAUGAAUGGUCCCGAAGACCGCGUAAUUCCUGGUAACGCAGCUGCCGUGAAUCAAGAAUUGCCUUUUCGUGGAUUAAACCAUUUUGGACAGGCGUUUUUAAACCGAUUUCAAGUCUCACAGACUCCAUCGCCAGUAUUGGAAAACAUGACUAUCAUCGAUACCCCUGGUAUUUUAGCCGGUGAUAAACAGCGUAUCGAACGUGGAUAUGAUUUCACACAGAUUACAGAAUGGUUUGCGCAAAGAGCAGAUUUAAUUCUUUUGAUGUUUGAUUCAUACAAGCUGGAUAUUUCAAAUGAAUUUAAAAUGGCGAUUCAUAGUUUAAAAGGACAAGAGGAGAAGGUUCGUGUAGUACUGAACAAGUCCGAUAUGGUGAGCCAGCAGCAACUGAUGCGUGUAUACGGUGCCAUGAUGUGGUCUCUUGGUAAGGUUGUCCAAACACCCGAAGUGAUGCGUGUCUAUCUGGCUUCUUUUUGGACCGAAAAACCACCAAAUUGCUUUGAAGAUUGUCGUGAAUUAAUUGAAGCCGAAUCCAGAGAUCUUUUAAUAGAUCUGAAAGAGCUAAGACGAAAUGCAGCUAUUCGUAAAGUGAAUGAAAUUGUAAAGAGAGCUCGUUUAGCUAGAGUCCAUGCUAUUAUUAUUGGGCAUUUAAAAAAAGAAAUGCCUGCCAUGUUCGGUAAAAAAAAAAAGCAAGUAGCCUUAUUAAAAAAUCUCGAGCAAGAAUUCAUCAAGAUACAGAACAAGUAUCAUUUACCUGCCGGUGAUUUCCCCAAUCCUGAAAAAUUCAGACAAAGCUUAGCUCUCUAUGACAUGGACAAGUUUAAGACGUUAAAAGAAGAUUUAAUAGAAAGAGUCGAUGAGGCCCUUGCUGUUGACUUACCUUCAUUGAUGUCAAGAUUCCCCAUGGGUAACCCAGAACUAGAAAAGAGUCAAUUAAAUCCGUUUGCGGAAGAGGACCACAAUGCCGAAGUGGUUGUUAAUGGACAGUUACCACCUGCAUUCUGGGACUUCACUAGCUUGGAUAAAGACUCGUACAUGCCUGUUUUCCAAUCAUUACACCCAAGAGAUGGCAUGGUAUCUGGUGCAAGCGUCAAACCUAUUCUAACAGAAACAGGCUUACCUAAUGAUGUACUUGCUACCAUUUGGCGUUUAGCAGAUUGGGAUAAUGAUGGUUAUAUGGAUCCGGAUCAAUUUGGUGUCGCGAUGCAUCUGAUCAAAGCAGUGCAAUUAGGCGCUACAUUGCCUGAUAAAUUACCUCCUAGCAUGAUGCCUACCCGUAAAAUCUAAUUUUAUUUAUAUCAUACAAUCCUAAUAAACAUCAUCUUUUUCAACAAUUUAACCGCUUUAGCGCAUCUACACACAUGAAUAUUGAUGCCAAAUGGCCUCAAUGCAUCC